GCAGAUGGUGUGGCGGUAGUGUGGUGGUGGUGAGGAUGGUGGGCGGCAGGCAUCAGUGAGGGCGGCAGGCGGCAGGCAGGUGGCAGUGAGGGCGGCAGGCGGCAGCAGGCCCCCCCCGGCCAGGAUGGGCAACAAGCUCUCAUGCUCGUGCGCGCCCCUCAUCAAGAAGACCGGCUACCGCUACGAGGACUCCCCUUGGAACCCCGCCCGUAGGAGGGACGGCCACUUACUCAGGCUAUGGGCGGAGGUAUUCCACGUCAUCGUCGGGGUCGGGAACGGUCAAGUGGCAGCAGGUCUCGAAGACUUAGUGCCCGUCAACAUCACCUGCAUCAGGACACCCCGAGUGUGUCUUCCACAUCACCGCUUACAAUUCACAGGUUGACAAGAUCCUCGACGUCCGACUUAUCCA